AUAAUAAUAACACAAAAGUCAAAUUAUAUUUCACGACAGCAACAAAAAUUACCAAGAAAGUAUAUUUAGAAAUAAAAGCAAUAGAAAAAAACAAUGAUUCGAUUAGAUAUACUCGUUGUGCAGAAAACUAAAUAUUUAUGGUCAAACUUGUGGACAACCGAGACAAAUAAUUACAUAAAUCAUAGCAUAUUUACACGAUGGUAUGGAAUGAAAUCUGACAAAGAUAGAUGUAGGAGAGCUGUUGUAGAUAUCCCGCCGGAUGCAGAUCCUGACUGCCCCCAACCUUGCAUAAGACAAAAGAAACCAAAGAAAGGAAUUUUACACAAGAUCAAACUGAAAGUCAUAGAGGGAGGCACUAAUUUUGGAACGCCAUUUCGGCGGGUGCAAUGUACCCCGAAACCGUGUGAAGAGGUAGUGGUACCAGAGGCGAAAGCGUUACCUCCACCAGAAAAGAAAGUGAUUCCAAUACCUGAACCUCGGCCCGGACUCCAAGUGUCAAUCCUUGGGGCAGAUACAGCUAUAGGGCACUAUGUGGCGUUGCUACUUAAACAAUGCCCUUGUAUUAAAAAACUACGUUUAUACGAAGCGAAGGACACCCAAUAUUCAGACUGUAGCAGAGAUCUAUGCAAGGUGGUUCAAGAUCUACAGCAUAUCGACACUAACUGUAGGGUACAAGCUUUCAGUAGUGCCUGCUACGAAUUGGAACGGUGUCUGCAGAACACUGACAUAGUCCUAAUGCUUGAAAGCGGCUAUUUAAAUGUGGACAUGCCAUUUGAAAAGAGGUUCUGCUGUCAAGCCCCUAUAGUGAAACAUUAUGCAGACGCUAUAGCCAAUGAAUGCCCAAAGGCAUUUAUUAUAGUGUGCGCUACGCCAAUAGACUGCAUGGUUCCUUUGGUCGCUGAGACAUUAAAAGAAACCAGUUGGUACGAUCCCCGUAAACUGCUAGGAUCACUUGCUGUGCCGGAAAUGCGAGCGAGUACACUCGCAGCCCGUGCUCUAUGUCUCGAACCACGCUACACAAGAGUGCCAUGUGUUGGUGGUACUGAGGGGAUGUCUUUGGUGCCUUUGUUCUCUAAAGCCGUCGAAUACUUUGACUUUGCUCAGCACAACGCUCAAAUGAUGACGAACGCAGUACGCGAAGCCCAGCUUGCUGUGACAAGAUGUGAUGGUUCUUGCAUUAAAGCAGCGGAUCUUAGUGAAGCGCACGCUUUAGCUGGCCUGGUAAAAAAGGUUGCGUAUGCACUAAUGUGCCAGGACCUAUCAAGAGUGACAGGGUUCGUCGAAACGGACGCUAGCCAAGUUAUAUCUCCAGCUAGAUACCUCGCUAUUGAUGUUCUACUAAAUGACAAGGGUAUUUGCAAACGAUUCGAUAUCCCCAAACUAAAUUUCUUCGAGAUUAAACUCGUGGACACUGCGUUACAAAAAGUGACGAGUAACGUAGGUCUAGCCCAAAGUUGGUACGAAGAAUACCUGGAAAAUCAAUGCCAGAAGUGUCAGUUUGGGAUGCAGAAACAUUGGUAUUAUCCGAAGGCCUACGAUCGCAUUAAUGAUUGCUCUAUAGAGAUGUGAUGUUUGAUAUUAUACACUAUAUAUAAUCUGUGGUUAGAAAAUUUAAAGACUAAGUGAAAUGUAUAUCCAUUACUCUUUGUGAAGAUUGUUGCUGUUCGUGAGAUAAAAAAAAAUUGAAAAACAAAGUUAUAA